AUGAUCGCUCGCGGCACGUGGCAGCUGGGUUUCUUUCAUGGCAUCACCGUCUUGCUGCUCUACUGCUUGUUGAGGUGCUUGCUGACCUUCCCGGGCACCAUCCCCGACCACCAGGGAUGGGAGCUCCAGAGCGAAACGUCCGCGGCUGCCUCGCCAGUGGAUGGGGAAAUGAAGUCGGUGCCCAUCACCGAGAAGAAGACCAGUGGCGAUCGGCGGCACUGCAAGUGGUGCCUGAAGUACAAGCCUGAUAGGUGUCACCAUUGUCGGAUUUGCAACUUGUGCGUGCUACGGAUGGAUCAUCACUGCCCUUGGGUCUACAACUGUAUCGGCUUUCGAAACCACAAGUACUUCAUUUUACUGCUGAUCUACUCAGCCAUCGAUUUGCUUUUCAUCACCAUCACCAUGUUCGAGUCCGUCUGGUGGUCCACCCGUCUCGAUGUGAGCCCUGCACUCAUGACGUCGCUCCUCUUCGCUGAGUGCUUCGCGUGUUUCCUUUGCACCGUGAAUUGCCUCUUCUUGGGCUUCCAUGGAUGGCUCACAGUAAACGCCAUGACCACCUUGGAGUUCUGUGAGAAGUCAAUGAAGAUGGCGGGCUACGACUCCUCCAUCUACUCAAAGGGCCUCUACGAGAACGUCUGUGCAGUGCUGGGCCCCAGGCCACUGCUUUGGCUGCUGCCCUGUAGUUUGCCGAAGGGCGAUGGCUUGACGUGGAGCUAA